AUGUCUAUUUUACGAGUGACUGCACGCCAGAUUUUGGACAGCCGCGGAAAUCCCACGGUCGAAGUUGAUAUCGUCACUCACAAGGGUAAGUUCGGUUUAUUUUAAGUAUCCAGAAAUUAGGAAACACUUCAAAAUCCAAUUGUGUUUUUGCUUCAAAACCGACCAUUCUCUCCUAGACUCUAAGCUUGUCAUACAAAGCAAACUUCGAAAUUUCUCAGUUUAUCUAUAAGAUUAACUAACAUGAUGGCCUGAUGAGCCUAACAGCACAAAGCUGAGACUACAUAUAACAGAAGAUAAAACUGAAGGAACUAACAGAGAUUCUUAGACGUCUUUAAAUACCCUAUGCGCUUUUGCAUGGACUUGAGAUCUAGAAGUCGACAUGCAAUCCCUCACCGUUAAUGAUGGCCGUUUAAAAAUUUCAAAAAGUUGUUUUCUUUUCAAUGGAAAUCGCUGAUAUGGAUAUGUAAUUCGGUCUGCAAAAUGUACCAUUUGGUUAAAAUGGCCAGUUAGCAGGGUUACCUGUUCCAGCAUAGAGGCAAUCAUGUCCCCUCAGUUGCCGUCCCAUUCAAAAAGUGAUCGUUUCUAACUGACUGGUCGUUAUUUACCAACCCCUUUGCUCCCUGGCCUUCCAAGGUCUCUUCCGAGCCUCUGUUCCAAGCGGAGCCUCCACUGGCAUCCAUGAAGCAAAUGAAAUGCGGGACGGUGGCAGGGAUUACAUGGGAAAGGCCGUGAUGCAUGCUGUAAACAAUGUGAACAAGAUAAUUGGUCCUGCCCUCCUGAAGAAAGGCCUCCCAGUGACCGAACAGGCAGAUAUCGACAACUUUAUGACCAAAGAGCUUGACGGCACGCCGAACAAGUGUAAGUCGACAACUGUUAGGGAAUCAAAGUUACACAUUGUUUCGACAAACUGUAAAAUUAUUCACAAUAACUAAACACGCUUAUAAGCACAAGACAGUUCGGCCGUCGCUGGCUGCGACGUCCUCCGUUCGCCCCAAGGAGUGAGAACAGCACUUGUGACUUACGUGUAGAUGCGUUUGCAGCGAAGUAGACUUGCACGGCACCCACCGUACUCUCUCUUUCUCCACCCACCCUGCUCCCAUGACUGAAAGAUGCCAACACGACCGGAGGUAGACGUAAGUACGGCGGCUGUCAAACCUUAACAACCUCCUACGCGUCCCACGCACGACCCGGUCCCAGAUGCAUAGGCCGACAGUUCGACCGUCUUUGCCGACGAUGUCCACCGUGUGCUCCACAACAGGGUGCGGGCAGGGAAGGUGACUUGCGCAUGAGUUAGUAGCAGGCUUGUGCAGUAUCUACCGUACUCUCUCCUCUCCCAAAUCUCGGCCCGGUGUCAAAACAAAGCCAAGAAGACCAGAGGCGGGAGUGGGCGCAGGUGGUUAGCAUGGCGUAAAUCCCCACCUCGGCAACCUGGUCCACACCCCCUGGUCCACAAUAAACACUGAGCAGUACUUCAUACGCCGAAAAAAAUACGGGGUCAGCACUGAUACCAACUGACACGGCCUGAGUCUGCAACUGAGUCUGCUACUAUACCCCAAAUGCUAGCAUUUAUGAUGGGUACACAUUCCCGAUAACAUCCUCUUCCGGUAGGAUGUGCCUAUGUAGCCCCAUCUGAUGGACACACUACUGUUGGGGUUGGGGUUAGGGGUAAAGUUAGCAGUUAGGGUUAGGGCAACUAUUUCUCCAUCACUCAAAGUACAACCACGCAUUCUCAAUAGCUUUUCUUUUGCAUACAGUUACUUUACCUCGUCGUCUGUGAGUUCCCCCGACCCCACCUGUAAAAACUCCAAUUACCACCGGUCCCGUAUUACGGGGGACUGGGGUUUGUUUACUUCAGGUGGGGUUACAUAACCACAUCUGGCCCACCUCGCCGAGCUCCGAUUAACCUCCCGUGUUCAUCCGGCGCAUCUACGGCAUGUCCUGUUUUAGGGACACACGCUUGUACCAGGCUAUUAAACACACGCACAUUUACAGGGCUUAGUAACAGGGGUUGCCCAUGCAGCAACCGCCGCCACAGCGGGCAAAAGGAUGAAGGAUGUCGUCUACCUUCAUGCCUCAUGUCAUGCAUCAAUGUUAAGAACGAUUUUUGUUUGCUGGAGGUCUUCAGAUGCAUCUGCACUGUCCGUAAUUGCACCCAUUGACAGUUAGUUUUGUCUUCGUUAUUUGACUAUACUCACCCCCAUCCACAUGGGCAGUGGGUCUGGGGCCAUCGUUGAUGCUUGUAUCCUGUGUAGGUGCCCCCUGUCUCGAUUUACGAUUGACCUAAUUUCGAGCCUGUAUCUCCGCUCACCAACCUACGUCCGAAAGAAUCAGUGAACUUCAGAUUUGAUUACCUAACGUUGAUAGAAGUUGUUCUCAUGAGGCAUGCUUCGACGGUCUUAUUGGCAAUACAGUCAUUUCUAUGGCUCAGGAUUCUGGAAUCUUAACGAGGUCUGCCCAGUGUUUGCGGCUGUCCCGCUUCUAUAGACAAUGAGUCCUUGCUCAUCACUGCCUUCGAGAGCCUGUAGUCAUUUGCCGGUCUCUCCCGCACAGUUAAGUUCACGGAUUUACACUAAACUCAAUAAAUGACGUUUGUCGUUCCACUUCGUAACAAGGGGAGUUUUGGUCUAGCGACUGAACGUCGGGUUGUUGUCUGUAGUAUGUGGACAAUGUUGAUCUUCAAUUAACCUGUAGCUUGUUUUGACAGUACAACCGUGGUUACUGACCCCGCCUUUCCUUCUCAUCUGCGCAGCCUCACUUCUGCUUGCAGUAUACAGUCCGUGAUCGAUCUCAUAAAAUGUUAACCGAACUUCUGAAAUGUGUUUUCGAUUAUUAAUGAUUACUCACGUGUGGUAAUCGCAGCAGCUGAAGCCAUGGUGAGACCCUAGCCGCUACGACCUUCAGACUCGGUCCUGAAUAGAAACAGGUGGAGAUUGACGCCAGUUACGAAAAUAGUGUAUUUCGCACAGGAUAACUGGAGACGGGGAUUGGGGAGAGUCGGCAGCCGGAAGAGUGUACGCCCGAUGCGGGAGCGCGACGCCCCUAGCGACAGUGAGGAAUGCGUCACAGCACCCUGUGCUAGAACCGGCCAGAGUCGACCUUGCAUACAAUUGGCCGGUUUGGGUAGCUGUGAUUGGCUGAGAACCAGACCACCAGUGGUGCGCACUUGCGAAUACUCGCGAUUGACACAGCGUUGCAAACAGGCGACCGGAGUAAGGCCACUACAGGGCUAUCACAUUGACUAGUGUGCAGCAUAAUCCCAAAAUACUUCAGUUACCGCAAGUCACCAGCUUUUAAAUGAGCUUCUUUCCCCCAACCUGAAAUAAACUACACUCGGCAAAAACGGCUACUUAAGUAAUGUGAAAUGUUUCCAACGAUUUAUAAAAAAUACAGAUUUAUUUUGUAAAAAAACGAACGAAAGGGGUAUUCUUGCACUCAUUUGGUAGAAAAUCACUUCUUUGUUGAACGUUAUACGUAAAGGAUGGCUAUAUUUCGAUUUUUAAGAACUUUUUCAAUCCCCAAAUAAUUCUGAGCCUGAUCUGCCCUUUAGGGUUUUCAGUCUACAAGCUGUAUACCCUCCAGAUAAGGGAAAUCAUGCAUUCCCCUGUGUCGUUAAGAAGGCACCAUAUACAGACUAAGUUGUAUACUUCGUGAGGAGCGUCAGUAAGCAGCCAGGUACGAUGUCAUUGGAAUGGGCACCGAGUGGUCUUAAGAGAUUUUACAUUUGUAAACUGUUUGACGCGAAAAAUAUACCCCUUCUUCGGUUAUAAAAUUUGAAGAAGACGUGAAUUUUCCCUAAGUGAAUGCACAGAAGGAUGUUUUUGUGCACAUUUUCUAUGAAAGAUAUUUGAACUUGGAAGGGCAUCGAAAAUAAAUAGAAAGGCGUACAUUAAUUAAGUAGUCAUUUAGAGUGGGUUUUUUUCAGAUGGCCGAGAAGGUGCGCAUUCAACCGCCAACAUCCUAGCGUGUCUGAAAUAUCACGGGGUGACAUGGUAUGGUAGUCGAUAUUGCAACCCCACUUACGUAAUCGAGAACGCAAUUGAGAAUAUCUGUAAACAUUUAAUGAAAUAGGUCACUGACUGUAAAUGCGCGUUCCAUUAACAAGCAUAAACUAUUCAUUCGCGAAGUGACCCCUUGUCGCUCAUGUUUGCGCACGCUCUUGAGGGCGACCAUCACUGCAAUUGGGACGGGACUGUAGUGGUUGCUACAGCUAACACCAAACAGGCGCGUAAGUCCCGAAGCCUGCACUCUGGCACGACCAGCAUCAACCGCAAUGUCGAUCUGGACGCUCAUUACGAAGAUCUGUGUGCUCAACCCGCUGACUUGCGCCCACGACCUAAAAAUAGUCGCUAAUCCAUGCUGUAGCACGUAGAUUCACCGUUUCGCCAACCCCUCUCUCAAAGUCUUCACGCCUCAAACAUCGGCACGUUAAGCCCUGUCCACAUGCCGCAUCGGCUAGCUCCAAUUCCACCGUUUGCAGUCCCAUCGAACCGCCAUCCCCAUUCCUUCCAACAUCGGGAACUGUGACAGUUCUCCCUUUACUCCCCGUCCCAAAUCCUACCGUAAGUAUGUGACUACCCCCUCUCAGAAUUUCGGCUAACAUUCCAUGAGAUAGCAUAUCUAUUGUAAAUAUUCUGAGUGGGUCAUUCACCAACCUAGUUACAAGCAAAACAUGCUAGUCUUGCUCUCUUGGAGCUCUAUUCAGAGCCGUGCGCGUGGUUGUGCUGUGACAGGUGGGAGUGGAGAAAAAAUGACGAAUGCGACGUGCGUAGCUGACCAUUUUUGACUAAUCUAUCUCCGUCAACCAGUCAUACUUAAAUCGUGGAUUUUUAUAUAUAAAUUUAUAUAGGCAGAAGGAGGUUAGUGACAAAGACAAGGGAGACAAGAGUGGUCACUUCUGGUUUAUUAGUCGUCGUCAGCCAGCCAUCUCCAACUCUAGGCCGGGAUCAAUCCUCUGAGGGUGAGGAGGCCUAUCAAGCUCUAGAAGUCCAGCAAUAAAUCUCUUGUUCGUGUACACACUAUGAUCUUUUUCAGUAUUAAAAACUUAAUAGUCGAAUGGCCUUAAGCUUUACAACUGCCGCAGCGAGUUUAGACUCGCCAAACCUACGCUUGAGUUGCCGAGGCAAAUUUUGCCCUUGAUAUGAGUGUUUUAUGCCCUUCCCAACUUCUGUUUAAUUCCUUCAUAGCAUUUGCUUUUUACUUUAGCGAGACUGGGCGCUAAUGCAAUCCUUGGCGUUUCGUUGGCCGUCUUGAAGGCCGGAGCUGCUGAAAAGGUGAGCCGGAAUACUUCGACCAUCUUUUUCUGCAACUUACUAGAUUUGCCCAGGAAUGUAUGAUUUCAAAAGAAGAGGGGGCGUUCAUCGGAAGGGGUUUAUUUGAGGUCCGACGUUUCGAGUAAUUUAUACGUCUACCCAGCUUCAGAGACUGGGAAGUCCUGUGCACAGCUCCCCUUAUAAUGGCGCCCUUUGUUCAAUGCGUGAUCCGCCGAUGCCGCCUCUGUGGCUGCAUCCAACUCGCAUGUCACCGUGACCUGAAUCGCCCCCGUCGGCCGCGGAGAUGACUGACGGCCCCGGUUGUCCCGCGCCGUGACUGUCCCCCGCUAAGAGGUUUCGUAAAGUCAGAUAGGGGGGAGGCAAAUUGAUGUGGCGGUUGACAGAGCGGUCGGUGGACAUCCAGUCUUCUUGCACUUGCCUCGCUGUGUGAUCGCCGCCCCCCGCCCACAAUCUCAACGGCGUCAAAGUUGAAGAUGUGUCCUAUUUGCGCGGCAUGGGUUGCCACUUCCGACUUUUGGUCCAACCUUCGCACGGCCAACUUAUGCUCGUGCAUUCGCGUUUGCAGUCGUCGGCCGGUUUUCCCAACGUAGUUGCACCUUCCGCAGCUGCAUUGAAGUCGGUAGACAACGGCCGACAUCUCCUGCUUAGGGAUCGGAUCUUUUGGCCGCAUCACUUGCCGGCGGGUUGUUGAGUCGGGCCUGUGGGCAACGCCUAUUCCGAGCGGCGCGAGGGAUCUGUCUACGGCUUCGGAGACCCCUCUUGAUAUGCCACCUGGGAAUCGCAUUUUCACUACUAUUAAUGUAUGAUUUGUCCAGCAGGGGAUGUCGUUUUGCUAAAAGAGCGGUCGUACUGAAUGUCAUCCUCAAAAGGCGGUCGUUCUGCGCUCCCCUUCCGCCCUCUCUUUAUCCCCGCGGUGUGGUUUGAUCAACGGGGGAGGGCCAGUGCUACUGUAGCAUGCGUAAACUGAGUCCUAUGCCCACACCAAAUCUCAUCGCCAGUCAUCUUGAAGUGGUUUUGUUAACAGAACACCAUAGGAUUGGGAAGACGGUGAGAGUCAGGACGAUGCUUUUCACAUUUUCCCCCUGUUGUUCACUUCACGGGCAAUUCAUUUUCACCAGUUCAUCAUCUCCGCCACCGACCUCCCACAAUCUGCCUACAAAUAUCAAAGUUGUAUGAAAAGAGCAGCAUGCAAUUACAUAGGUGGCUCGGGGGAUUCGAGCAUUUUUGUUGGUCGUAGGCUAUAGUUGAAUUCGGCAGCCACCGAGGAUGUCUAAGAAAGCGUAUUCAGGAACGCGCUGCUAAGCCCCUAGUGCGUGAGGGUGCCAGAGUAGGUUACCUAGGAGACUGCUGUCUGACGUUGUCGUGACUGCUGAACAAGAUAAAGGAAGUUUAGGCAUAAAUGGAAACAAACCUCAUCAGUAUUUCCUCACCCAUUUAUCACAUUUACUUUGGCCAGUUUUAUAACUUGGGAUGUCUGUUCAUUUUUAAAUACCCCUUUGACUAGCUGAUCGUAAAUGAGGGCAGUCACUGUUGUCGGGAAACGGACGCGCAACAGCGCGGACAUGACCUAACCAUGUUUGUAUUCUUCAGAUUUUUCUCGAUUCAGUACUGGUUUAUUCACCGGAAUGGACGAACCCGAGGUCAAAGCUACGUCAGAAGACAGUCGGGAUAACUCGGCUAUCCUUUGUGGUUCUAUAGCAAUAAACAGUAAGAGUAGCGGAGUACGAUAGAGUUAAUAAGGCGGGGAAUAAAUUGAAAAGUGGACGUACAUUCGAGGUGAUUAGAUGAGCAGUCAGCGAAUGACGCCAAAGUGUGGUGGUCGGUUUAAAAGCGAGCGGAGACAAAGAGGAAUAGACAAUGGACAAAGAACAGUGAACAAAGAAUGACGAGAACCGACGAAUAGGGGUACAGAGACAAAAGCAGGGUGGUAUGAGUAAAGUCCGGUUACUAACAAACGGUUAGUAGCAAAAAGACAAGGAUAGAAAGUAACAUCAGGAUGUCACAACCAUCCUUAGUGAAAUACGCUUCUUGGAGCAAGUGCAGUCCAACCAAUCCCAGCGUUAUUUGUUUUUUGGAAUGGACGGUCUAAUGAAAGUAUGAGGAUAUUCAGAUGUUACCAUCGCAUCAAAAAUGGAAUUUUCCAGGAGCUGCCUUCCUUCCUACCCACCAGAAUAUGACAUCCUAUUCACAGAGAGCGUUUUCCCAUUAGUGUCAACGUAUAUGCACCCAUAUUGGGAAGCUCUCAUAACGUGGAAGACAUCUCCUACGGGAAUCAGGACUUCAUCCUCGUAUCCAUACCGAGGGUGGCCAAAGUGAUCACUCCCUGUGAUUUAAGCACAUAGUGUUUCAGCCUUCGCGACCGACGAUGUUCACCUUGUGCCCCACAACGUGGUGGGCACAGGACGUUGAUUUGCGCGCGCAUUCGCUCGGAGUGAUAACCGACUUGCGCAGCGUCUGCCGCACUCCCUCCCUCCCGAAUCACCAGGGCUAGGUGGCAAGGCACAAAGUCAGAAUGACUGGCGGCGGGCCCGGACUCAGUUGCUGGCGCAGCCAAACAGUCGAUCGAUGCGUACCUUAGAUGAACCGGUCCUCGUACAAUAGACGAGGUCUUUACAAAGAAGAGUGUAAGUAGGGUUCCAUCUGAACGGGAAUGCCAUGGGGGCCGCAGCAUGAAGGAGCCAUUGUAACCUGACUCUCAAUCUUGAGAGGACCGAGUCACCCAGUCAGUUGACCGCCCUCCCAAGCUACGACUUUUAGCGCAGCAGAUUGGUUAAAGUGUGGAAUGCGCUGAGAUGCCGUGUGGACGGCGUCGCAGAGUCGGUUUCACACAUUUUUGUUCCCUCUCUCCCCUUUCACAUGCACCAGUCGGCUCUGAGCCGGUCGGUCGCCUGAUGAUGCAAAUGGACGCAAGUGACUGGCGUGGCAUACAGUCUGCGUCUAUGCGUUCACUAGCCCUCACCAUAGGAUGCGCUGACUCAGCGCAGUCUAGUUAACGCGUUCGGAGCCCUUAUCGGGUCCCUAGCCUUGUUCUGAGGCAUCUCCGACCAGGACCAUUGUUAGGACGCGAUUUACAUACACAGGUGGUUACAAAUCAUGCUACAUGAAUGGGUCCGCGUGGUCGUCACACUGUGAAAUACUACAACAGAAACAUAUGUUGAACUAUGUGUUCAUCAGAAGGCGAUAUGGCCGGUCUGGUAUCGAGUCUUGGACCUACGACCGUCUCUUCAGCUGCGAAAACAGAGUACCAAGGAAGCCGAAUACUGUAUUAUUGGACGACGUCUCACACAGGCAGGAGUUCACCAACCUGCAUGGGUGAACACUGUAGGAUAAGGACUUUAAUAAAAAGGAAAGAGACCUGGGGACAGCAUCUGUCCCAUUGCCACAACCAACUUUUGGAGUCAACAGCUGACAACUCCAGGACUGGUCCUAGGUGAAGAAGGAAUCAUCUAGCGUCCUCUCUUCUAGGAGAAGUGGCGUAACACGAACUACGGUUUCCGUAGGGAAAGAAAAUGCAUUCUGUUGUCGCCGGUGAUAGUUUCAUCAGAGGUUGAUAGAAAUGUAAAAACACUGGCUAGUUGGUGAGGCAGAGGCAAUACGAGGACGUACUGAUCAUGAAGAAAUAGGACACGGGUUUAUGGCCAUCAAGGCGGUCUGCGAUCGCCAACUCACCAGAAACACCUCAGCGCCUAGUCGGCCAUCAAAUAAAUAACAGAUUCUGAAGCAUUGGGGCUAGCGUUUAGAAUAUGGUUUUUUUCAGAGACUAAAUCUGACGUUCGGAACCACAUCGAAACCAUAAAAUGAACUCCAUCGCAUGCCAAAUACAGAAGAAGCACUGGAACAUGGGGACGUGUCCCUACAUCCCCUUCGCCGUUCAUUUUGAGGUAUUUAACAUUGUGAGCCGAAGUGAAAUUUGGAGAACGAUGAACUCCGGGCAGUCCUCAAAGUUCACGCUGAUAACCAGGCACCUUAAGGAUAGCAUGUUAACAAGCAUCACGGACAACGGAUUGGCUUCAGAAACCUUUGGUGGCUUGAAAUGCAGUAUAUUCGUGUACUCGCUAAAUCUCCCUACAUCCCAAAAUCUCCCCACACCUAAAACGAGGAGUGACCAAGAACUGAAAAGAAUUAUAGAAAAUCGGGAAAUGAGUUAAUACCCUGGGCCUGCAUCUCCUCAUUAUGGUGGCCAAGUAAAGGAUAUGCUAUUUAGUCGUCUCCUGAAAGGUCGCAUUAAACACCAUCACUUGGACGGGCCUGCAGCAAAGCUUGGACCUCUGUCCCCAGAUACGACAUCCUUGAACUAAGAUUCGUGCAAAUUGUUAUUACUCACCAGCUGGCGCAAACGUGGAAUACACGAGAUCCGCAAUUACUAUCAGUCCCCCCCGCGUCUUUUUGCUGCCAACCUUUUCCUUGGUUGGAAAGUAUGAGUACAGGGAACACAAAAAGUGGCACCAAAGCUGUGCCUUGGGUAUUCAGGAUUAGUCAGACCUUCGGCAAGUUACAAUUUUCAGUCUAUAGUCGUGGCACCCGCCUCAGCAACAAACAAACAAUAGAAGGGACCAGCAUCUUGAAGACAGCAACAUGGACAAUGUAUCAGAAAUAGCGAGGAAGCCCAAACUCUUCCACCGAACCGUCUCCGCAGGGUACUGAAAAUGAAAUGGCAAGAGCAGAUCUCAAGCGUCCAGUUGCUGAAAUCAGCGGAUAUGCCCAACGUCUUUCAAGUGCAGAAACAGGUCAAAAUUCAACGUGGCGGUCACUUUAUGAGAAUAACUGGAGUGUGCCCAUUAAAACGACUCUUGCAUGCCGACGUCAAUGUGGGUUCUUGCCGUGGGCAGAAAAAGCAGGCAGAAGAACACAGGAUCAUUGAAGACUCCUGGUAAAUUUUCCGCAUUAUCAGUAGGCUUGGUGAACUCUCAUAAAGAAUGUAGUUACAACUGUUCGGACCGGACGGGCAAAGGAGGCCGAUAAGGAACGAUAAGUGAAUAGUGUUUGCUACAGCAUGCUUCUCUCCGCUAUCAUGUCCAUCGCUUCCUCGUCUACCACCUACAGUGCGUGACCGACCUCAUGAAAUGUUGGCCAAAAUUCUGCAAUGCGUUUCCGAUUAGGAAGGAUUACUUAAGUGGGGUUGUUAUACUGAUUAUCAUGGGGCAAAACUCUAUAACAUUUCGGACUCGCCAAGAUGUCGGCUUUUGAAUGGACUUCUUUUUGACCCCCUGCAGAAACUACACUCGGCCAAAAAUGACUGCUUAAGUGGCAUGCAUUUUUCCUACUGAUUUUCGAUGGUCGUAUAAAUUCAAAUAUAUUUUAUGGAGAACAUGCACAAAAAUAUGUUUUCUUUUGUUCAUUUGGUAGAAAAUCACGUUGUCUUCAUAUUUUAUGCUCGAAGAAAGUGUGUUUUUAGGUUUUAAAAAGGUUUCCCAAUUCCCGAAUAAUUUCCAGCCUGAUCUGCCAUUGCAUCAGCGUUUAGCAAUUUUAGUCUACAAGGUGCAUGCUUUCCGCGUAAGGUAAAUCAUAUAUUCCUCUAUGCCUAAGAAGGUACCACAUAGAGUUCAUGGAAUUUCGCAAUGGAUUCGGACUGCGUUGUACAUUUCAUGAGGAGCAUUAGUAAACGGACAUGGGCGGUCUUGCAUGCAUGGACAUCGCACGUUCUUAAAAAUCUCAUACUUAGAAACGCUUUAAAAACCAAAAUAUACACUUUGUUCGGACAUAAAAUAUGAAGACAACGUGAUUUUCUACCAAAUGAACAAAAGAAAACAUAUUUUUGUGCAUGUUCUCCAUAAAAUAUAUUUGAAUUUAUACGACCAUCGAAAAUCAGUAGGAAAAAUGCAUGCCACUUAAGUAGUCAGUUUUUACCGAGUGUGAUCUCUGUAGGAGGUCAAAAAGAAGUGCAUUCAAAAGCCGACAUCCUGGCAAGUCCGAAAUGUUGUAGAAUUAUGCUGUAUGACAAUCAGUCUAACAACCUCACUUAAGUAAUCCUUUCUAAUCGGAAAUGCAUUCCAAAAUUUUGGUCACCUUUUCAUAAGAUGGGUUACCUAGGUUCAGUAGAUUCCAUUUCAGCAAUGAGCUAGCUCAACGGCUAGACAACCUCCCCAUCGCCGAUGCCGCCGCUGCCGAAAACGCCUCCGUGGAGAACCGUUGGUGUCAACUGCGAGACACGGUCCAGGCGACGGCGCUCACCGUCCUCGGUCGCGCUCUCCGCCAACACCAGGACUGGUUCGACGACAACGACGCCGCCAUCAGAAAUCUGCUUGCUGAGAAGAACCGCCUACACAAAGCCUACGUCGAUCACCCCAUUGACGACAACAAAGCUGCUUUCUACCGCAGUCGCCGCCACCUCCAGCAGCGACUGCGCGAGAUGCAGGCCGCCUGGACUGCUCGCAAAGCUGAGGAGAUCCAAGGCUACGCGGACCGCAACGAAUGGAAGAACUUCUUCUCUGCGAUCAAAGCUGUCUACGGUCCGCCGACAAAGGGCACUGCUCCUCUCCUCAGCGCCGACGGCAGUACUCUCCUGACUGAGAAGACGGAAAUCCUUCAGCGAUGGGCCGAGCACUUUCGAGGCGUCCUCAACCGCCCUUCCGCCAUCUCCGACGCCGCCAUCGCGCGUUUGCCACAAGUCGAGACCAACGCGGACCUAGACCUCCCGCCAUCUCUUCAGGAAACCAUCAGGGCCGUGCAGCAGCUCUCCAGCGGGAAAGCACCCGGAUCGGACGCAAUCCCUGCUGAGGUCUACAAGCACGGAGGUCCCCAACUCAUGGAUCACCUGACUGCGCUCUUUCAGGAGAUGUGGCGUCAAGGUGAAGUCCCGCAAGAUUUCAAGGACGCAACUAUCGUGCACCUAUACAAGCGAAAAGGGAAUCGCCAAGUCUGCGACAAUCACCGUGGCAUCUCCUUGCUGAACAUCGCCGGGAAGAUCUUCGCUCGCAUCCUUCUCAACCGCCUCAAUAACCACCUGGAACAGGGCCUUCUGCCGGAAAGCCAGUGCGGCUUAAAUAGUCAUUUUUUCCCGAGUGUAGUUCCUGCAGGGGGUCAAAAAGAAGUCCAUUCAAAAGCCGACAUCUUGGCGAGUCCGAAAUGUUAUAGAGUUUUGCCCCAUGAUAAUCAGUAUAACAACCCCACUUAAGUAAUCCUUCCUAAUCGGAAACGCAUUGCAGAAUUUUGUCCAACGUUUCACGUGAUCGGUCACGCACUGUAUCUACUCCUUGAUCUUUUUCCCUGCACUACUUCUGACUAGACUACUUCCUUGCAAUUGUUUUCCUUAUCCAGUUACCACCACCUCACCAGUAAUUCAAAUGAGUUCUUUUAAACCAUGUUUAUAACUGAGGAAAGACUGGUCGCAUACAUCCGUAUCCGUCCUGACCUUGACUGAUAAAGCCGUCUCCUCAUUACCCGACCGGAAAGUACAGGCUGUUACAGGCGGCCGUGGUGGAUGGCCGAUCAUGGAGCAGGAAAUUAUCUCCUUUUUUAAAAAAAAACUUAAUUACCAAAAGAUUAAGAAUUUCCACUCACCCUGUUGCAGAAUGUUCCAGUCUAUCGGCACGUAGCCAAUCUGGCGGGCAUCCUGCGCGUCAGCCUACCAGUACCUGCCUUCAAUGUGAUCAACGGGGGCAAACAUGCCGGCAACAAACUGCCCAUGCAGGAAUUUAUGAUCCUUCCCACGGGCGCUAAAUCCUUCUCCGAGGCCCUUCGCAUGGGCACCGAGACCUACCACCAUUUGCGCAAGAUUAUCCAAAAGAAGUACGGCAUUGACGCAUGCAACGUCGGCGACGAGGGCGGUUUUGCACCCAAUGUUGGUGACGUGCACGAAGGUAGGUCACGGAGAGGCCCAUGCAGGCGCUAGACUGAAAUGGUGUCAGACCUGAAGCCAGUUACCUGCCCCUCCAGCCGUGGGGAUUUCUACGUGUAUCUCUGCGUACUUCUGUUACUAUCAAUUUAUGUGGUUUUGCAACUCUCCAUGCUAAGAAGCCUAUCAACUAACGAACGGUUGGGUCAGCAGCAGACUUACGCAGGCGUAAGGAGAACAAGGGAACUAACGCUGUAAACUAUACACUUCUAACAAUCAUCAAUUCUCGGUUUUUUUGCUGGCGACCAAUUUUGAAUAUGUAAGCCCAUUGAGAAGUUGGAGCGCAGGGACUGCUGAAAUACGGGAAGGAUUUUAAUAUUAUUUUUAUCAGUAGAUCAGAUGGACAGAGCAAUUAAUGGAAUCGGCGAGGAUAUGGUUUAUGGUCGAGAAGGAUUUGUGUAGAACCAAAGACCUGAACGUCUGAUAACUUUGUGGCAUCAAAAAUUUUGACCCUUCGUAUUGUAACCAAUUAAAAGGGAAAACAACUUUUUUACCAUUCAAUUAUAAUAGUAAAUAAAUUUAAUGCCCCUUUGCAGGCAAUGUUAAAAAGGUAUUGUAUUGUCGUAUUUCUGCUCCGAUGACUACCUUAAAGCAUAUUACCACCCUCAUGCAACAGCCACCUCGAGGUCUUUUUAUCUCUUCCCCUGGCACGUACAAAUAAAAAUCGCCAGUUAUUUUUAUUUAGCACAAUUGUUGCUCGGAGUAAGUAACUCCGGCCAUAAGCUAUACCCUUGCCAUAGAAGCUUCGAAAGGCAUCGGGAAGACUCGCAUUUCUGCCAAAUGUUUCUUUUUGGAACAGAUUUCGGAAUUCGAAAGAUACAAAGUAAAGGCGUAUAAAUAGGUCGAAAACAGGUGGUCCAAGGGGUCUACAUUGAUCGAUCAGCCGUUGUCAGAAUCUCGCAAUGUUAAAGUAACUUUUUUGGAGUUGGAUAGAGACUGUCUCCUUUAUAUUGUUCUAUAUCUAGAAGUGAAAUUUUUUGGGAACGAGAUAAUCUUUAAUCCUCAAGCUUUUGUGACUGGUUUCCAUGCUCGUCGUCGGACGUAUGAGUCAUCUACAAACCAGUCGAGUUAUUGACUUAUUCUCAGUGUUUGGUAAGAGGGUAGCAGAUUGAUCGAGUCAUCGUUUGAAUAUUAAGUUUUUCUCGUUUGGCGGGAAAUCCCGUCAUCCAACUGGUUCUGCACCAUCAUGCAGUAAAACAGCAAGAUUGGCCCUGGAGGGAGUGAAUGAGCGACCAGCAAGGAUAGUUCCUCCUUUCGCAUGACGGCAGUUUUGCCUUUAUGCAUCCUCGUCUUACUUCAUUUGCCAUAUAGUUGGUUUCGCCGCGAAAGUGACUUCACGUCGAAGAACACCAUUACUUUGUCACUUACCAAUUGGCCGCCACGCAUACUUUACAACAAUGGCUUCUGUGAGUAUACAGCUGUUUCAGAGUCUUGGGGUGGAGACCUAAGGCGUCUAACCAAUGACAUGAACAAGCCGUAUGUCAGGGUUCCUCUCAGAGACAAUCGGCCGCAGUAGUAUUUCAGGCCUUUGAGCCCCUGAAAAGCCAUUGAUUUUUUUCGUACGCUGCAUCCUUUCUAGUCGGUCUUUGCUAUCGCCCUUGCUUCUCAAAGUUUUUCCAGGUUUCUGCUGUUUCUAUCUACUAAUAUCUCCACUGGGUUAUGUCUGCAAAUAAUCUAUGCAACUUGAUCGUCGGAAAAUGUCCUGACUUUGCUGAUGUUUCCUCCCUGGCUUGGUAAUUCCUACAUUAUUAAUGACGUGCUAUAUAGCAAACAAUAGCUCUGGAGACGAAUAAGCUCUACCAGUGGAGGAGAGCGAACAAACAAAGAAUGAAGGACGCAAAAAAGAACGGAAUAAAACUGUGUCAGGACAGGAUACGAUGCCGAUUUAGUGACGGAAUUAUGGUGUGGCCAGCCAAUUUCGCUGUCAAAGUGGGCCCGUAUUUAUAGAAGACAGGCCUCUUGCGUAUUCAUUAGAUUAUCAAAUACUAUCAGCUCAGAAUUUCAGGCUGCAUAAAAGGUCGUCGUUAUGCCAGUGCCAAUGGAUCACAGGUUGCAUGUAGUAAUGAAGUGAAAUACAGUCCAAGAGGGAAUAUCGAUUUGCAGUCCGACAAAAGAUUGAAAUGAUUCACCUAUGUUUACUUUCAGCCCUCGACCUUCUCAUGGACGCCAUCACCGAUGCCGGCUAUUGUGGAAAAAUUGUCAUUGGAAUGGACGUUGCGGCAUCGGAAAUGUAUGAGAACAAGAAGUACAACUUGGCCUUUAAAGACAGCAAGCCGAAUCCCUCCAUGAUGCUUAAUUCUGACAAACUGUCCGAACUUUACUUAAGCAUCAUUAACAAGUAUCCGAUCAAGAGCAUUGAAGAUCCCUUCGAGCAGGAUGAUUGGGAACCUUGGGUGAAAAUGUGUGCGCGAACUCGUAUACAGGUGAGUUGACAUUCAUUUUCUAUGCUCGCAUGAACCUCUGAGCACGACGCUGAUUACGGCAGUUUCCUUCGCUAACCGUGUUUUCGUCCUGCUUAACACCGACCUAUCGAUGAAUGGGUAAGAUCGCAGUUGGUAGCCAGCCAUUAUACGUUGAUACUGUCGACGUAUGUACUUGUUAUCUGUAGGUGUGCUUACCUUGUCUAGGGAACCUGUUAUCAGUAGGUGUGCUCUUACUGAGUUAGGCAGGUCACCCGUUUCGGUCAGGCUGUUGGGUUAAGUGAGGGUUAGGGUUAGGCGUAGGUUAAGUUUUAUGAUUAGGGUUAGCGUUUUAGGAUCAGGUUUCAGUGUUAGGGUCAGGGUUUAGGUUCCCGUUAGGGCUCCGGCUAGGGUAACUGUCAAGGUUAGGGUUAGGCUUAGGGUUAAGGUUAGGGUUAAGGCUAGGGUUAGGGUUAAGGUUAGGGUCAAGGUUAGGGUUACGGUUAUGGCUAGGUUUUGGGUUAUCGUUGGGUUUUAGGAUUUUGGUUACGUUUCGGUUUUAAAGCUUAGGGUUAGGCUUUACGGUUGCGGUCAUUGUUGGAUUUAGGGUUAAGCGUAGGGUUUAAUUUUCUGCCUUUAUUUCACCUACCUAGAACUCCCCAGCACUUUCCCUGUUAACUUUACUUUUACCCAGAAAAUUCAGCAUUCCUCUACUAGCCCUUCCAUUUACCCCACCCAUAUAUCCCCCUUUCCCACCAUUCCCGUACAACAGGGACCUGGCUGUACGCCCCCCGAUUCCUGGCUACCAACUGCGAUCUAACCGAUGAAUGCUUUGUAACUGGUUAGAAGCUGCAGUUGUCCACACCUGACAGAAGUUACUUUCGGCGUGCAAAAAAGGGGAGCUACAAGGCACCAGAAGUCCUUUUGGCUGGAUACGGGAAUAGGUAACUUCCUUCUGCGGGCAGCCUGGCACUAAAUUCCAGAGGAGGAGCUACUUCUGUGUCCUACCUCCUAGCCCUAACACUAUCCCUAACUCCAACCCCCUGGAAUCUAGUGCAAGGUCGUCUGUACUAUUAGGGGGUUUGCAUUUCCGCGUUCUACAGUCCUCUCUCUCUUGCCCCCAGGCCAUGAUAAAUAAUUCCCCAGUCUGCCCGACCUCGACAGUAAGGCUUGUGUCGUGGGUAGUGGGACACGUAUUCCUAUCUGAUGCCGCAUCUAGCCAAUGUAUCCUAUGGGAGUUGGCCAAUGCACAUGAACGGGAACCUGCUGGUGUCAGCUCUGCACUGAAUCAGUCUACGCAACCUAGACUAAACCUCGCGGCACAUGUAUGCGAGUGGUUGUGCAGCUCUAGGGUCAGGCGUGAGUAUUUUUCUCUUCCAAAUUUGCUUUAGAUCAUCUGAACAAUUAAUCCUUAGGGCAACAAUGAUUCCGGUCACAAAUGUUUCUAGUUAUCUUCUUUUUAGAAGGUUUUAUGGGUGUUCCCUCACCUCCGACAUUCCCACUAGUUAUAAUAAGUACACACAUGAAGCUGGUAACUUCCACAAGUAUCAUGUAACCUACGUGAUUCUAUUAGUAUAAUCCCAACGCCCGAGAGGAACCUACGGCAGUACUCUGUCGGACCAUCGAUUCACGUGUUUAUCGGAUCAGUCGUCAACGAUUGCUAAUGCUAGACUGAACACAUACAAGGAGCAAAUAGUGGCGCCUUUAGACAACUACUGAUCGAGCACAAUCGCUGAAGUUAAAUUUACAGACUUCUUAAAUGAUACAAUGUCCAAUAAUGUUGUAUGGUUCAAGAUAGCAUCAGCGUAGGUACAACCUAAAAGCGCAGACACGUGUUUAUCCGAUUAUCUGUCGUUUAGUGACGCAUUUGCGCGAAGUUUGGUUCAUCAUUUACAGUUCUUGACAGAUAAACUCUUCAGGUAACUUUCUCCAUGCAAGCAGCAUUGGCGGCAACAGGCAGCCAGUUGGAUACGACAGUUCGACUGUCGUGACUGACCAUGUCCAUCGUGUGCUCCAUAGCAAGAUGAAGCAGGCACGGCGACUUGUGUGUGUGUGGCUUGGGUUAUAAUGGUAGUGGAUUUGCACACCAUCACCGCACUCGCUAGUCCCCCUCCACCUGCAUCCGUUGUCAGGAACAAGUCAAGAAGACCGGAGGCGGAAGAGGAUGCAGGUGGCUAGCACGGCCUAAACCGGCACCUAGGCUUUCCACCACAGCCCCUCGUCCACAACGAACACUUGACCAGGAUUUUAAUCAACAGCAACAGUGGGGGGAUCCCAAUGUGUGGGACGUAAGUCGUCAAGUGGGUCUGCCACCGCACCCAGAUGUUGGCAUUUGUUAUGGGUGUGCGCUCCCGAUAACGCCUGUCAGAAUUCUAUGUGGCCUAUACUGACAACAUAACAAACAACUCGAAAAAUUACCAGCUGGUUAACUAUGGCCCCAUAGGGAAGAUCUGCGUGUCAGAAGAAUCAGUACGCUCCGUAUGCUUUCUGGUAUAUACUCUAUUUUCAAAAUUUCAGCUUUUUAAAGCUCCUUAGAAAUUAAAUGUGCUAACUUGGAGUAAAUCCCUCGGGGCUAACCUAUUCAUACUCGUUGCGAAAGUUGAUAUGCACACUUGAGCUGAAAUCCAUCAGCGUCAUGGGAAUAACCGCACAAUAUUCAUAAACUUCCAGCAGACCGUCAGUAGAAACGUUAACUGAUUCACCAUACUGACAGCAUGGCUACUAGCACACGUGCAUUAUUCACUCUUGAUAGCAAGGUGAGUAUAUUUCAACGCACCCGCUUCCUCUGUCAUUUGUUGCACAAGGUCACAUCUGUUACCCAAGGGGCGGCGGUCCCCUAAUAGGAUACGUUACACAGGUAGAUAUUUCAAAAAUUCAGUAGCCACAAGCGCGCAUGAAUUGAUGCCGUCCGCUGAAUGGUUGAUCAGUUACACGGCCUCCAUGCGCCCUCAAAGCUCGCACCAAUCGCUUACUCUCACCAAUGUCCCCUCCCAGUGUUGAUACGGUGUAACGCAAUAAAGACUGUUCAUAUGUUGUAAUAUUUGUAUACUACUGACUGGUUAUUGGUAGCCUGUGAAUAUCACGUGGUUAUCCUGCUGGACCUGAUGGAUUUCAUACCAAAUGUUCGCAUGUAACUUUUCGGACCAAGUUCUAAAGGAUCCGCUCCAUGAUUAAGAAGCUCAAAGACUGUUCGGGUAGAUUUCUGAGUCGUAAAUCGGCUAUAUUGUUGGGCGGUAAUUGGCGCUAGUCCCAUGUUGUCAGGCGUAGACCAGUGGUGCUGAGCUGGGGACAUAAAAUUCCGCGUCGGGUGAGUCAAAACAUUGUAACGGGAAACUGCCAAAGCGUAAUCAUGAUAUCCGCACAACGCGUAUCUGCACUCAACCUAUUUGCAUACAGUCACUUCAGUUGUGCAAAAAUGUUGGUAAGUUUUGCGAGGUUGCGUCCAUUGGGUUCAAAGUGGCUAGCUGGACCGAAAAGAAACCUAGUGAGGCUUCAACAGCAUGAGAUCGUUGCUUGUUUCUGAUCGCAGCUUGAGAUGUCCUUCAUGAGGCCUACACCCACCACAUCCCAAGCACACGCACCCAAAGGAGGUGCCGCACUGCUGUCUCGCCUUCAACAGCCCAAAAAAGGACAAACAGACUGAGCAUAAUUCCGCGGGGAAGAGCUGUGUGCCAGAAGAAUUUGCUCAUUUUUACGACAUGCCGUAAGAAGCCAAAGAAGUUCUUGUCUGAUGAGCGAAACAGAUAGCCUAGGAAAAGGAUCUACAAGCAGUAAGCUUGCAUACGGCCUGUCUCAAAUUGUUUGGACCAUUGAAAUAUUUAGCGCAUUUUGCUUUUAAUAUAGUACUACGCUUAGAUUUUUCAGGUAUCACUUUUGUCCGCUUCAGAUUGUUGGCGAUGACUUGACUGUUACCAACAUUGAUCGCGUCCGUAAGGCCAUCGACGCUGGAGCCUGUAACUGUCUUCUCUUGAAGGUCAACCAAAUAGGCUCCUUCACUGAGGCCUUGGCAGCGGCUCAGCUUGCUCGCCGUAAUGGCUGGAAUGUCAUGGUGUCGCACAGGUCCGGAGAGACAGAGGACAGCACAAUCGCGGAUAUCGUUGUUGGGCUGAAUGUCGGGCAGGUAAAAUGAAACUAAAACCGUAUAAAUUUCGUAAUACAGUUGACUAGUUACCGUUUGGGCCAUUCUAAAAUGCGUUAUGAAACAGUCUAACUGAUUGAUGAGCUGAAUGACAUGAACACCUGUCGUCCUUCUCAUAAUCCAACGGUUAUUUUUGAAGGGAGUUCAAAGCCUAGACUUUAUCUCAAACUUGCAAUCGAGCUAAGUUGAUGAUGAGGUCUUUAAAUGUAGGUAUGAAUGCCGCAAAAAGAGUUAUGCGGUCUUUUCCGUCUAUUUUCUUUUUCAAAGCAAAUUUCUGAAUUAUGGUUCACUCUCAAUGUAUAUUUGAAAACAGUUUAACUCACUCUAGGUAAAAGGAAGAUUUACGAAUACCCCACCAUCACGUGGUAAGAAAUUAUCCAACUCCUGUGCAAGUUUCCAACGGGCAGUAGGACCUGUCCUGACAGCAUCAGAGCGGAAGUUCGGCAGAAUGAUAGUACUUAAAUAAAUAAAGUAGUCGGUUGCUCUGAGUUAAUUGAACACGCAGAGAUUAAGAUGGUUAGGCUUAUUCUAACGACAACGUUUAAGAAGGAGAAGGGAGAAAACAAGUUUUCUCAUUCCCUGACGUGGUCACUGCGUUUAAUAAUCUCAACCAGCGAAAAUGUAUCUUCCGAGGGCUGUGCGUAACCGAAGGACUUUUUGCACCGGAAACAGUUCUUCUGAAUUAUUCCUUCCACAGAAAGAUUUCGUUUAGAUUUCUUGCACAUCGGAAAGUCAACUAGACGUCUCUCUUGCCUUUUUACAUCCAUAAUAGUGUAGUUUUGUGAUGACGUAUCUUCUGUUUCGAUAGCAAGUCAUCCAAAAAAGCAAUUUUUUGUGCAAGCCAUGUACACUUAUUUGUUUGCCACGUACUUUGCCAUCGCCCUUAAACUCAACUCUCCUCUUUCAGAUAAAAACCGGAGCUCCCUGCCGCUCAGAGCGUCUGGCAAAAUAUAACCAACUACUCAGAAUAGAGGAAGAACUCGGCUGUCAUGCCAUGUACGCCGGUGACGUCUUCGGGUCCAUGUAA